AUGUCUGGACAAAACAGCGACCAGUUGCACCGCUCUACUUUGGGCAUAUAUGCGGUGAGUGAGAUUGGUUUGAACUCUUGGCAAUUGUAGCGUAGCCCUAGAUAUAAACUACAACUUUAGGCCUAAUUUGCAAUGCACAUUUGUUGUUUGUAUCUAUAUACUGUUCAAUUUGGCGCACUAUACUUGUGAGCAGUACUGUAUUCUAUGGAUAAAUACAAUAUGACGUAUGAACAGUAGGUAUCUACCAACACAUACAGCCUAAACUGUCCAAGAUAAACACCACACCUUUCAAUGUCUCACUGUGUGUGUGUGUGUGUGUGUGUGUGUGUGUGUGUGUGUAUCUGUGGGAGUUGUUGUCUAUUUCAUCUCUACAUCAAUCUCUCUCCUAAGCUCUAAACUUUCACUCCACCUCUCUCUCAAUCUCCUCUUGGUUUGCUGGUCAGUGUGGGUUUCUCUGUGGUAUGUGUGUCGUCUCCUGUUCAUCCUCCUCUCCCCUCUCUCUCCCCUCUCUCUGCUCUCUCUCUCCUCAUCCUCUUCUUUCUGUGUGUCUCUCUCUCUCUCUCUGAUCUCAAAACUACGUAAAAGCUAUAAUCUAGGGAAAAACCUCAGCCUCAACUCAAAUAAAACUCUCUUCUCUCUCUCUCUCUCUCGUUUCUCCUCUCCUCUCGCUGCUCUCCUCCGUCCAUUCUCUCUGUGUGUCUGUCUCUCUCGUGUGUGCUCUCUCCUCUCUCUCUUCUCUCUCUCUAUCUCUUUUGUUUUGUGUGGCCUCUGCUCGUCUCUCUCUGUGUGCUCGUCUGUCGCUUCUCUCUCUCUCUCUCUGUGUGUGUGUUCUCUCUCUCUCUCUGUCUCUCCUCUCUCUCUCCUCCCUCUCUCUCCUCUUCUCUUCUCUGUGUCUCUGUGUGUUUCUCUCUCUCUCUCUCUUCUCUGUAUUUCUCUCUCGUGUGUGUGUGGCUCCCUCUCUCUUUCUGUGUGUGGUGUCGUGUGGCUCUCUCUCUCUCUCUCUCUCUCUUCUUGUUGUGUCCUCUCUCGCUUCUCUGGGGUCUCUCUCUCUGUGUGUGUGUCUCUCUCUCUCUCGCUGUGUGUGUCCUCCUCUUUGUGUGUGUCUCUCUCUGUGUCUCUCUCUCGUGUCUCUCCUCUGGUCUCCUCUCUCUCUCUCUCUCUCUCUCUCUUCCUCUCUCCUCUCUCUCUCUUCUCGUCUCUCUCUCUCUCUCCUGUGUGUGUUUGUGUGCGUGUGUGUGUCUCUCUCUCUCUCUGUGUGUGUGUCUGUGUGUGUGUGUCAACAGAGCCUGAUGGAUCAGUUCAACCCAAGUCUACAGAAGCUAGUGUCUUUGGGAAACAGCUACAUGCAGGCUUUCCAAGGUGAGAAAGAAAGGAAGCGAAACGGAUGACGUUUCUGGCAUGCAUUUGAAUACGACGAAGCAUUCCAAUACAAUAAAGUACAUUGUGACAAAAGAGUCAUUCUCAGCAGAGUCAUACAGUAUAUGACUCUGAUUUCUACUAGAGGUCCUUCUUAGAACUAUACAAUGCUUCCACAUCGUUGCUAUUCAAUCCCAUCAAUGAGAGAUCCUUAGUUGUGCCCUUCCUUGCAGCCUAUUCUCCCUUCCUUCCUUCUACACAACAAACCUCCUGGAAAUAAAUGCAAAUUACUUUUCAUUUUGUCAACAGAGGUUUCCCUUGUAAAGUACUGGCAUAUCACCUGGGAAUGUUUAUUACCAUGAACCUAUAGGCCAUCAUAUAACCUACACAUGUUUCUAUUGGUUGAGCUGCUGAAUGUAAAUAUGUCUGUCCAUUUUAUGUUCUGUCUGUCUCCUGUUCCACUCCAAAGCAAUGAGAUAGUAAAUAUGGGACAUGUAUAUGUGGUGAUUAAUCUGUCGAUGCAUAUUAAACAACCUUUCUGCAAUUUGCUGCUUUCAGAUUAAUGUUUUUUACUUGUAUGAGUCUAACUCUUGGAUGUCACCAAAGUGAAUCAUAUCAACUGAAUAUGCAAUUCAAUUGCCUGUUUGUUUCUCUGUGUGUGUGUUUAGCCCUUGCUGUAACCAGUGAUGCUUACUUCAGCACCCUUGCUAAGAUAGGGGAGCAGGCCUUGCACACCAUGUCGUCUCGCUCUAUUGGUGAGAACCUCUUCAUUCACUGUGUGUGUGUGUGUGUGUGUGUGUGUGUGUGUGUGUGUGUGUGCGUACGUUACAUAUGUGCAUGUGUCUGCCGUAUGGUGUGUGUGUCAGGUCAGUUAAAAAGUAUGAGAAAGGUAGAGAUUGCAGGAACAAAGCUAGAGACACACAAUCGACUCAUGUACUGUAUAGGUCCUUUGUGCUGUUUAUGGUUGUGGUUAUUACCCCAAUCAAUGCAGUGUCCUAUCACCAAACCACACAGAGCAAAGUUUACCUGACAGGCAGCACAUUGGUACACUUCCUUUUACCGUCACAAUACCUUUGGAGCUUUCUUAGACGUGGGUGCAUGUGUGUGUGUGUAUGGGGCAGAGGGUGGACACUGGGUUGGGUGGGGUUGAUUAGCAGAUGUGGUGUAUGCGUGUGAUUGUUAUGUUUUUGCCAUAUACAGUAUGAUGUUCCUGUUUGUAUAGAGCAGAGUUAUAGAGGGCAUAGGUGUGCAUAUCUAUGUUAUUUUUACCCCACAGUGGAAUAUUAAUUAAAAUUAACUUUGUCCACAUCAGUGUGACUGCAAUGUAGAUGCAUUGUGAGAUAACAAGACAACCUGAGCGUGAGUCUAACCAUAACAACUGGUCCAGAGGAAUAAUGUAACCGGAGCCCUUGUUAGGGGGGGUUGUCUGUACUAUAGCAGUGGGAUCAGGUGACAGACAGACAGGUAGUCGUCAGAACCAUAUGAAUAAUAGAGUGUAACAGGCUGUGCGUCCUGUUUAGUUCAUUUAACCCAGCCUGAACCUAGCCACUCACAGACACUCUGAGGCUAAAAUGCGUUACAGAUGUAGGAUCUUAACUUGAUCACCCUGUUACAGGAGAACUUUCCUGCAAUGCAGGAAAUGUAAAACUUGUACGUAUUUGAGGUUUAAAAAGGCUUCUGAAGUUUGUAAUUUCCACUUAGAAAUUUCAGACAUGAUUUUACCUUACGAAAAUGUAUCACCCCCUACAGAAAAGUCCAUUAAUUAUACAUAAUAAUUCACAUUUCCUGUUGCUGCAGGAUUCUUUUCCUGCUGUAGAAAACUGGCUCAAAUUAAGAUCCUACAUCUGAAUGUAAGGUUGGCUAUGGAAACCAGCAUAACAAACUGACUCAGUCUAGUUGAGAAUUUACUGAUUGGACUUCUCCCACAUUGUAAAACAUUUCCUGUAAAAUAUACAGUAACUUACUGGCAGCAACGUGGAGUUGAUAAACAUCAACAAAUCAACAAAUAACCUUAUCUAGCUAUUGGCUAGCUAUCUAUCUUGCUAACCUUCAAAUCUACUUUGAAACAAAAGUGUACACCUCACACACGGUUAUGGGCUUAAGAAAAGAAGACACCUGUACUAUGUCAGAUAUAGAGUUGAAAUGUAUUCAAUUUUGAGUUUGCAUCCCAAUAUUACACUUUAUAUACAUCAAGGAAGACUGAAAUAUAACAAAACGGUUUGACAUAGAAACACUGGAUUUUCAGUGUGUCUUUUUUAAUCAUGUUUAUUUAUUAUGAAAUUAUGAAGAAUAUUAAUAAUAUGGAUAACUAUUGAAAGAUAGCUGAUAUGCAUUUUUCUACAUUGUAACGGACACGGUGCAACUUUUGGUAGGUAGGCUGUUGGCAGGCUUCGGCUGCGGUACAAUAAAGCCAAGUCAGCCCGUGCUCAUGGUUCUCACAGAGGAAGUCAAAUGAUAGGUACAAUGACUUUUCUCAUGAUCAUGCACACCGCAAAUGACAUGUAACUAUAAGAUAGGGGAUAAUUCUGGAUAGACACUUGUGGUUUCUAGCUAACGUUACACCAAUCAAAGCAGUGGAGCAUGUAGUGAAGCAAAACUUUAGUCCUCAAAACCAUCUUGGUGCGACAGGGGGGAGCGGGUUUGCAAAAUGUUAUCAUAUCACGCAAUUAUACCAUUUAUAAAAUGGUCAGAUAUAUCUAUAUCUAUAUAUAGCUAUAUAUAUAUAUAUAUAUAUAUAUAUAUAGCUAUAUAUAUAUAUAUAUAUAUAUAUAUAUAUAUAUAUAUAUAUACAGUAUCACACAAAAGUGAGUACUGUAUAUACAUAUACACCCCUCACAUUUUUGUAAAUAUUUGAGUAUAUCUUUUCAUGUGACAACACUGAAGAAAUGACACUUUGCUACAAUGUAAAGUAGUGAGUGUACAGCUUGUAUAAAAGUGUAAAUUUGAGUACACCCCUAAGUGAAAUUGUCCAAAUUGGGCCCAAUUAGCCAUUUUCCCUCCCCGGUGUCAUGUGACUCGUUAGUGUUACAAGGUCUCAGGUGUGAAUGGGGAGCAGGUGUGUUAAAUUGGGUGUCAUCGCUCUCACACUCCCUCAUACUGGUCACUGGAAGUUCAACAUGGCACCUCAUGGCAAAGAACUCUCUGAGGAUCUGAAAAAAAGAAUUGUUGCUCUACAUAAAGAUGGCCUGGGCUAUAAGAAGAUUGCCAAGACCCUGAAACUGAGCUGCAGUAUGGUGGCCAAGACCAUACAGCGGUUUAACAGGACAGGUUCCACUCAGAACAGGCCUCGCCAUGGUCGACCAAAGAAGUUGAGUGCACGUGCUCAGCGUCAUAUCCAGAGGUUGUCUUUGGGAAAUAGACGUAUGAGUGCUGCCAGCGUUGCUGCAGAGGUUGAAGGGGUGGUGGGUCAGCCUGUCAGUGCUCAGACCAUACGCCGCACACUGCAUCAAAUUGGUCUGCAUGGCUGUCGUCCCAGAAGGAAGCCUCUUCUAAAAAUGAUGCACAAGAAAGCCCGCAAACAGUUUGCUGAAGACAAGCAGACUAAGGACAUGGAUUACUGGAAUCAUGUCCAGCGGUGAUGAGACCAAGAUAAACUUAUUUGGUUCAGAUGGUGUCAAGCGUGUGUGCCGGCAACCAGGUGAGGAGUACAAAGACAAGUGUGUCUUGCCUACAGUCAAGUAUGGUGGUGGGAGUGUCAUGGUCUGGGGCUGCAUGAGUGCUGCCGGCACUGGGGAGCUACAGUUAAUUGAGGGAACCAUGAAUGCCAACAUGUACUGUGACAUACCGAAGCAGAGCAUGAUCCCCUCCCUUCGGAGACUGGGCCGCAGGGCAGUAUUCCAACAUGAUAACGACCCCAAACACACCUCCAAGACGACCACUGCCUUGCUAAAGAAGCUGAGGGUAAAGGUGAUGGACUGGCCAAGCAUGUCUCCAGACCUAACCCUAUUGAGCAUCUGUGGGGCAUCCUCAAACGGAAGGUGGAGGAGUGCAAGGUCUCUAACAAACCCCCAGCUCCGUGAUGUCGUCAUGGAGAAGUGGAAGAGGACUCCAGUGGCAACCUGUGAAGCUCUGGUGAACUCCAUGCCCAAGAGGGUUAAGGCAGUGCUGGAAAAUGAUGGUGGCCACACAAAAUAUUGACACUUUGGGCCCAAUUUGGACAUUUUCAAUUUAACACACCUGCUCCCCAUUCACACCUGAGACCUUGUAACACUAACGAGUAACAUGACACCGGGGAGGGAAAAUUGCUAAUUGGGCCCAAUUUGGACAUUUUCACUUAGGGGUGUACUCACUUUUGUUGCCAGCGGUUUAGACAUUAAUGGCUGUGUGUUGUGUUAUUUUGAGGGGACAGCAAAUUUACACUGUUAUACAAGCUGUACACUCACUACUUUACAAUGUAGCAAAGUGUCAUUUCUUCAGUGUUGUCACAUGAAAAGAUAUACUCAAAUGUUUACAAAAAUGUGAGGGGUAUACUCACUUUUGUGAGAUACUGUAUAUAUAUAUAUAUAUAUAUAUAUAUAGUGUAUAUAUAUAUAUAUAUAUAUAUAUAUAUAUAUAUAUAUAUAUAUAAGCUCAGCAAAAAAAGAAACAUCCUCUCACAGUCAACUGUGUUUAUUUUCCGGGCUCUUCGCUGGCAGUAAAUCACGCACAGAACGAGCAGUAUGUCUGGUGGCAUUGUCUUGCUGGAGGGUCAUGUCAGGAUGAGCCUGCAGGAAGGGUACCACAUGACGGAGGAAGAUGUCUUCCCUGUAACGCACAACGUUGAGAUUGCCUGCAAUGACAACAAGCUCAGUCCGAUGAUGCUGUGACACAUCGCCCCAGACCAUGACGGACCGUCCACCUCCAAAUCAAUCCUGCUCCAGAGUACAGGCCUCGGUGUAACGCUCAUUCCUUCGACGAUAAACGCGAAUCCGGCCAUCAUCCCUGGUGAGACAAAACCACAACUCGUCAGUGAAGAGCACUUUUUGCCAGUCCUGCCUGGUCCAGCAAUGGUGGGUUUGUGCCCAUAGGCGACAUUGUUGCCGGUGAUGUCUGGUGAGGACCUGCCUUACAACAGGCCUAUAAGCCCUCAGUCCAGCCUCUCUCAGCCUAUUGCGGACAGUCUGAGCACUGAUUGUGCAUUCCUGGUGUAACUCGGGCAGUUGUUGUUGCCAUCCUGUACCUUCCCACAGGUGUGAUGUUCAGAUGUACUGAUUAUGUGCAGGUGUUGUUACACGUGGUCUGCCACUACGAGGACGAUCAGCUGUCCGUCCUGUCUCCCUGUAGCGCUGUCUUAGGUGUCUCGGACAUUGCAAUUUAUUGCCUUGGUCACAUCUGCAGUCCUCAUGCCUCCUUGCAGCAUGCCUAAAGCACGUUCACGCAGAUGAGUAGGGACCCUGGGCAUCUUUCUUUUGGUGUUUUUCAGAGUCAGUAGAAAGGCCUCUUUAGUGUCCUAAGUUUUCAUAACUGUGACCUUAAUUGCCUACCGUCUGUAAGCUGUUAGUGUCUUAACGACCGUUCCACAGGUGCAUGUUCAUGAAUUGUUUAUGGUUCAUUGAACAAGCAUGGGAAACAGUGUUUAAACCCUUUACAAUGAAGAUCUGUGACGUUAUUUGGAUUUUUUCGAAUUAUCUUUGAAAGACAGGGUCCUGAAAAAGGGACGUUUCUCUUUUUGCUGAGUUUAUAUAUAUAUAUAUAUACAGUGGGGAACAAAAAAUAUUUAGUCAGCCACCAAUUGUGCAAGUUCUCCCACUUAAAAAGAUGAGAGAGGCCUGUAAUUUUCAUCAUAGGUACACGUCAACUAUGACAGACAAAUUGAGAAAAAAAAUCCAGAAAAUCACAUUGUAGGAUUUUUUAUGAAUUUAUUUGCAAAUUAUGGUGGAAAAUAAGUAUUUGGUCACCUACAAACAAGCAAGAUUUCUGGCUCUCACAGACCUGUAACUUCUUCUUUAAGAGGCUCCUCUGUCCUCCACUCGUUACCUGUAUUAAUGGCACCUGUUUGAACUUGUUAUCAGUAUAAAAGACACCUGUCCACAACCUCAAACAGUCACACUCCAAACUCCACUAUGGCCAAGACCAAAGAGCUGUCAAAGGAAACCAGAAACAAAAUUGUAGACCUGCACCAGGCUGGGAAGACUGAAUCUGCAAUAGGUAAGCAGCUUGGUUUGAAGAAAUCAACUGUGGGAGCAAUUAUUAGGAAAUGGAAGACAUACAAGACCACUGAUAAUCUCCCUCGAUCUGGGGCUCCACGCAAGAUCUCACCCCGUGGGGUCAAAAUGAUCACAAGAACGGUGAGCAAAAAUCCCAGAACCACCUAGUGAAUGACCUGCAGAGAGCUGGGACCAAAGUAACAAAGCCUACCAUCAGUAACACACUACGCCGCCAGGGACUCAAAUCCUGCAGUGCCAGACGUGUCCCUCUGCUUAAGCCAGUCCAGGCCCGUCUGAAGUUUGCUAGAGUGCAUUUGGAUGAUCCAGAAGAGGAUUGGGAGAAUGUCAUAUGGUCAGAUGAAACCAAAAUAGAACUUUUUGGUAAAAACUCAACUCGUCGUGUUUGGAGGACAAAGAAUGCUGAGUUGCAUCCAAAGAACACCAUACCUACUGUGAAGCAUGGGGGUGUAAACAUCAUGCUUUGGGGCUGUUUUUCUGCAAAGGGACCAGGACGACUGAUCCGUGUAAAGGAAAGAAUGAAUGGGGCCAUGUAUCGUGAGAUUUUGAGUGAAAACCUCCUUCCAUCAGCAAGGGCAUUGAAGAUGAAACGUGGCUGGGUCUUUCAGCAUGACAAUGAUCCCAAACACACCGCCCGGGCAACGAAGGAGUGGCUUCGUAAGAAGCAUUUCAAGGUCCUGGAGUGGCCUAGCCAGUCUCCAGAUCUCAACCCCAUAGAAAAUCUUUGGAGGGAGUUGAAAGUCUGUGUUGCCCAGCAACAGCCCCAAAACAUCACUGCUCUAGAGGAGAUCUGCAUGGAGGAAUGGGCCAAAAUACCAGCAACAGUGUGUGAAAACCUUGUGAAGACUUACAGAAAACGUUUGACCUGUGUCAUUGCCAACAAAGGGUAUAUAACAAAGUAUUGAGAAACUUUUGUUAUUGACCAAAUACUUAUUUUCCACCAUAAUUUGCAAAUAAAUUCAUUAAAAAUCCUACAAUGUGAUUUUCUGGAUUUUUUUUCUCAUUUAGUCUGUCAUAGUUGACGUGUACCUAUGAUGAAAAUUACAGGCCUCUCUCAUCUUUUUAAGUGGGAGAACUUGCACAAUUUGUGGCUGACUAAAUACUUUUUUCCCCCACUGUAUAUAUGUAUACAGUGCCUUCAGAAAGCAUUCAUACCCCUUGACUUAUUCCACAUUUUGUUGUGUUACAGCCUGAAUUCAAAAUUGAUUAAAUGUAUGUUUUUUCUCACCCAUCUACACACAGUACCCCAUAAUGACAAAGUGAAAACAUGUUUUUAUAUAUUUUGCAAAUGUAUUGAAAAUAAAAUACAGAAAUAUCUAAUUUACAUAAGUAUUCAUGCCCCUGUGUCAAUAUUGUGUAGAACCACCAUAGUAGAAGACUGUGAGUCUUUUGGGGGUAAGUCUCUUAAGAGCUUUGCACACCUGGAUUGUACAAUAUUUGCCCGUUAUUCUUUUUAACAUUCUUCAAGCUGUCAAGUUAAUUGUUGAUCAUUGCUAGACAGCCAUUUUCAAGUCUUGCCAUAGAUUUUCAAGCGGAUUUAAGUAAGAACUGAAACUAGGCCACUCAGGAACAUUCAAUGUCGCCUUGUUAAGCGACUCCAGUGUAGAUUUGGCCUUGUGUUUCAGGUUAUUGUCCUGCUGAAAGGUGAAUUCGUCUCCCAGUGUCUGGUGGAAAGCACACUGAACCAGGUUUUCCUCUAAGAUUUUGCCUGUGCUUAGCUCUAUUCCAUUUAUUUUUAUCCUAAAAAAAAUCCAUAGUCCUUGGCAAUGACAAACAUACCCAUAACAUGAUGCAGCCACCACCAUACUUGAAAAUAUGAAGAGUGGUACUCAGGGAUGUGUUGUGUUGGAUUUGCCCAUAACAUAACGCUUUGUUUUCUGGACAAAUAGUUCAUUUCUUUGCCACAUUUCUUGCAGUAUUGCUUAAGUGCCUUGUUGCAAACAGGAUGCAUGUUUUGUAAUAUUGGUAUUCUGUACAGGCUUUCUUCUUUUCACUCUGUCAUUUAGGUUAGUAUUGUGGAGUAACUACAAUGUUGUUAAACUCUGUAACUGUUUUCAAAUCACCAUUGGCAUCAUUGUGAAAUCCCUGAGCAGAUUCCUUCCUCUCCGGCAAAUGAUUUAGGAAGGACGCUUGUUUCUUUGUAGUGACUGGGUGUAUUGAUACAACAUCCAAAGCCUAAUUAAUAUGCUCAAAGGGAUAUUCAGCGUCUGGUUUUUUAUUUUUACAUAUAUACCAAUCGGUGCCCUUCUUUGUGAGGCAUUGAAACCCCCCCCCUGGUCUUUGUAGUUGAAUCUGUGCUUGAAAUUCACUACUGGAAUUGAGGGGCUUACAGAUAAUUGUAUGAGAGGGGUACAGAGAUGGAGUAGUCAUUCAAAAAUAAUGUUAACUACUAUUAUUUAACAAAGAAUGAGUCCAUGCAACUUAUUGUGCGAUUUGUUAAGCACAUUUUUACUCGUGAAUUUAUUUAGGCUUCUCAUAACAAAGGGGUUGAAUACUUAUUGACUCAAGACAUUUCAGCUUUACAUUUUUGUAUUAAUUUCUAAAAUGUUCUACAAACAAAAUCCCACUUUGAUAUUAUGGGGUGUAGAUCAGUGACACAAAAUCUCAAUUUAAUCCAUUUUAAAUUCAGGCUGUAACACAAUGUGGAAAAAGUAAAGGGGUGUUAAUACUUUCUGAAGGCACUGUAUACAGUAUAUGGGUCUUUCUAUAAAUAAUGGCCCAAUGUGUGACAUUGGGAUAAACAUUUCAAAAUGGUUUGAAACAAACAAACAGAAAUGAUGCAGUUUGACAUGUGUACUUAGAGGACUAAAAGUGAAUACAGUGCCUUCGGAAAGUGUUCAGACCCCUUGACGUUUUCCACAUUUUGUUACGUUACAGACUUAUUCUAAAAUGGAUUAAAUAAAUAAAAAUCCUCAGCAAUCUACACACAAUACCCAAUAAUGACAAAGCAAAAAAAGGUUAUCAGAAAUGUUUGCAAAUAAAUACAAAAUAAAAAACAGAAAUACCAUAUUUACUUAAGUAUUCAGAGCCUUUGCUAUGAGACUCGAAAUUGAGCUCAGGUGCAUCCUGUUUUCAUUGAUCAUCCUUGAGAUGUUUCUACAACUUGAUUGGAAUCCACCUGUGGUAAAUUAAAUUUAAUUGGACAUGAUUUGGAAAGGCACACACCUGUCUAUAUAAGGUCCAACAGUUGACAGUGCAUGUCAGAGCAAAAACCAAGCUAUGAGGUUGAAGGAAUUGUUCGUAGACCUCCGAGACAGGAUUGUGUCGAGGCACAGAUUGGGGGAAGUGUACCAAAACAUUUCUGCAGCAUCGAAGGUCUCCAAGAACACAGUGCCCUCCAUCAUUCUUAAAUGGAAGAAGUUUGGAACCACCAAUACUCUUCCUAGAGCUGGCCGCUCGGCCAAACUGAGCAAUCGGGGGAGAAGGGCCUUGGUCAGGGAGGUGACCAAGAACCCGAUGGUCACUCUGACAGAGCUCUAGAGUUCCUCUGUGGAGAGGGGAGAACCUUCCAGAAGGACAACCAUCUCUGUUGCACUCCACCAAUCAGGCCUUUAUGGUAGAGUGGCCAGACGGAUGCCACUACUCUGUAAAAGGCACAUGACAGCCCACCUGGAGUUUGCCAAAAGGCACCUAAAGACUCUUAGACCAUGAGAAACAAGAUUCUCUGGUCUGAUGAAACCAAGAUUCAACUCUUUGGCCUGAAUGCCAAGCGUCACGUCCAGAGGAAAACUGGCACCAUCCCUACGGUGAAGCAUGGUGGUGGCAGCAUCAUGCUGUGGGGGUGUUUUUCAGCGGCAGGGACUGGGAGACUAGUCAGGAUCGAGAGAAAGAUGAACGGAGCAAAGUACAGAGAGAUUUUAGAAUGUAAUAAUAAUGUGAAUAUCAAGGCCUACAUUUUUUUUCUUAAUGUGGUACUUUUUCUUUUAAAUGUUUUUGGAUUCUAUAUUAGACCCUAUAUUUACAAUUAUAUAAAUUAUACAAUUGUAUAACAUUUCCUUAGCUAUUAUACUCUAAUUCCACUGAUUUCAAAACUCGGUCCUCCAGAAUUUGGAGAGCAACACUUAUGCGUUUCUACUAUGCAAUAUAUUUUCCUUAAAGCCGCGUUAGACAGGAUUACCUACCCAUACUGACCAGCUCAAAUAGACAGAAGCGUGCUACAUGGCAGACCAAUCCGAACUCAUCUCUCGGCAUAUCCAGCUCACUCAUUAUCUCAGCCAAUCAUGGCUAGCGGGAAGGUUGCUGUCUUUUUCUGUGGCUAAACCAACUAGGCUCGUAAUUUAACAAUUGUAUUCGUAUUUACAGAUGGCAUGCAAGUGUGUUAUUAAGGUAAAUAAAAGUUCACAUGUUUCAGAAGGCAUUUCUGCUAAAAAACGAAUUUCGAUAAAAAAAAAAAGUUUACAUUCAAAUGUCUCUCCUGUGAAGUAGUGACGCGCGACAUACGCCUAGUUUCCUGAAACGAGUCACAUAUACUGAACAAAAAUAUAAACUCAACAUGUAAAGUGUUGGUCCCAUGUUUCAUGAGCUGAAAUAAAAAAUCCCAGAGGAGUAUUUCUGUCUGUAAUGAAGCCCUUUUGUGGGGAAAAACUCAUUCUGAUUGGCUGGGCCUUGCUCCCCAGUGGGUGGGCCUAUGCCCUUCCAGGCUCACCCAUGGCUGCGCCCCUGCCCAGUCGUGAAAUCCAUAGAUUAGGGCAUAAGGAAUUUAUUUCAAUUGGAUGAUUUCCUUCUAUGAACUGUAACUCAGUAAAAUCUUUGAAAUUGUUGCAUGUUGCAUUUAUAUUUUUGUUCAGUAUAUAUACAGUUCCAGUCAAAAGUUUGGACACACCUACUCAUUCAAGGGUUUUUCUUUACUUUUACAAUUUUCUACAUUGUAGAAUAAUAGGGAAGACAUCAAAACUAUGAAAUAACACAUAUGGAAUCAUGUAGUAACCAAAAAAGUGUUAAGGUUAGGGUUUUGGGUAGGGACGUCCCAAGGAUCCCGGAUAUCUCUGAUCAGGCUAUUUGGCUCAUCUCAGUCAAGAUUAGGAAAUACUUUGCAGCUGUUUCUGAUUAAUAAACAAUGCUAUGCUGGUGUGGUGGUAACAUUCCAAUAAAUCCCAGCCCUGAAAUGAAACAUAGGUUUAAAAUAAUUUGUAUGUCAUACUGUGUCAUAGGAAAAGAUACGGCAUUCACACAUAUUUGCGCAAAGUGGUAAGUUUGGAUUUGUCACUUCAAGCCAAAAUAUAUUAUACUACAACUUAUUGGCUUAAGUUGAUGUGCAACAUAUUGGGUAAGAUCUGGCCAUUGUCUUUCAGUUUGAAAAAGUGGAUUUUUAGUGGUCUGGGCAUUUAAGGAUACACAGGUCUUCAAAAUAAUUGUAAUUACAAUCUCUGACCAUAUCUGAAUAGUGCCAAUACUGAGAUAUUGACACUAACUUGAUGCCAGCUUCCUGUAAAUUAUUCUAAUGUCAAAGCAAUGAAACACAGUACAGUACUUUAAACUGUAAGAAAGUUAUUUUUACAGUAUUUUAUUUUACAAAAGAAACACAGUUGUUGAAUUUGUUCAUAUUCAGUCCUUUGGUCUUCACCAAGUAAAUUAAUAGGACAAUGUUAUCAUUAUAACAAAGAAAAUACAUUACAUAUCUCAUAAGGCCUUAUUUUGAGGCCUAUCUUUACCCUAAUACAGUGGCCUGAAACUCAUGGUUUACAGGCCACAUCAGGCCUGCAAAUAGGGUUGCAAAGUUCCAGUAGCCUUCCCAAAAUUCCCAGAUUUUCAAAAAUCCUAGCUAAAGGAUUUCCAGGAAUCUUCCAACAGGGAUUUCUGGAAAACCAGGGAAAUGUACCCGAAUUUUGCAACCCUACUUGCAAGUCACUUUAUGCUGGUUUGCAAAGUGAUGUUUGAUUCAUAUUGGAAUCCAGCCAGAGUUAGGAUAUCUAACAGUUGAAAAAUGUAUGUUAUUUAUCUUUGUGUAGCAUAAGAUCAAUUGACCAAUCACUCAAUGUACAUGCAAAAACACAUCUUAAAAACAAUUCCCCAAAAUGUACUUGCAGUAGAGCAUGCUGGGGAAAAGUUUAUUUGUUAUCAUAACUUUAAAAAAAUAGAGUUGAUGUGACUUCUCAUUUAGUUUUGAGUCAGUACCACAUAAACAUUUGAAGUAAUAAUGGGAGCAUGUGUGUGUUCUGACAUUGUGUGUCUCUCUUUUUGGGAUGUGUGCGCUCGCGCGCAUGCACGCACGUGCAUGUGUGUGUGUGUUGAGGGUGUGUGUGUGUGUUUCUUAAUGUCUGCCUAUGAUAAUAAUUUCUCAUUGUGGCUCACAGGAGAUGUCCUGAUUCAGAUUUCAGAGAACCAGAGGCGACUCACCACUGAACUGGAAGGAAUAGUAGGUUACUUUACCCUCCUCAUCAAACAGCAGAACAGUUGCACUGCACUAGUCCUUUUACUGUAUUAGAAUUCAAAACGAAGAAUUAAGAGUGUAUUGUACCUGGGUUGUAGUUAUACACCUCUCAAAACAACAACUUAUUAAGAUAUUGUACUGUAUAUUUUACUAGAUGGUGUGACAACACAGUUGAUUCUAUAAUCUAUCAGUUUGAGAUGUGAUUGUUUGGUUUACCAAUGGUGUUUCAACUACUGCGAUCAUAAUAACCAUUCUCUGUGUUGCUCUAGUUCCGCUGGUUCCACACUGAGGUGCUGCAGGAGAUGGACAACAAUGUCAAACUGGAUAAGGACUACAUAGCAGUGAGUAGCCACUCUCCUUCACAUACCCCUUUCACAUACUGUACCCCCUUGUGUUGACAGUACAGAAGUAGUGUAGUGAAGAGCAUGGACUGGCGCACAGACAAAACCAGAAGGGAGAAGAGAAGUAGUGGGCAGAAAGUUUGAUGCUUUGUGUGAGGAUCAAACAGUGUUAUUUACUCCUGGACUAUUCGUGUUUAAUACUGGUCCUUAAUGAUAUUUUUACGCGCUCAGUGUAAAUCUGGCAUUGGUGUAAUGUGUCCUCCAGGUCAGCAGGAGGCGAUAUGAGAUGGAGAUACGGAGCCAGGCCACAUCUUUGGAGAGGCAGCUGAGGAGAGGGCCUCACCAGGUCAGUCCUCUGUGUGUGUGUCAGAUAAAGAGUCAAAUAAAUAAAAAAGAAAGAUUAAGAGUGCCCCUUUACAUUUCUGUAAAGUAUGAUGGUUUUGUUAGUUAUAUAUUUACACAGUGUGUGUGUGUGUGUGUGUGUGUGUGUGUGUGUGUGUGUGUGUGGUGUGUGUGUGUGUGUGUGUGUGUGUGUGUGUGUGUGUGUGUGUGUGUGUGUGUGUGUGUGUGUGUGUCAGAGAAAGAGUAUGAGUAAAACAAAAAAAAGUUAUAUAUUUACACAUUGCUUUUGUGUGUGCGCCCACAGGAUGAGUACAUUCACUUCCUGAGGGAGAGUCAGCGCGAGGCUCUGAUGGAGGAAGAGAGGAGAUACCGUUUCCUGGCUGAGAAACACUGUGGUCUCACUCAGUCCCUCAUUUAUCUCAUGAACAAGGUAGUGUAGCUUAGUUCAUUGUACUACAGUCUCAUUUAGUCAUAGUACAGACACACACAAUAAUAUAUGCCAUUUAGCAGACGCUUUUAUCCAAACCGACUUACAGUCAGGCAUGCAUACAUUUUACGUACGGAUGAUCCCGGCAAUCAAACCCACUAUCCUGGCAUUGCAACUGCCAUGCUCUACCAACUGAGCUACAGAGGAACACCCUCUCCAAUACUGUCAUAAACCACAUUCAUCAUAGAAGAACCUGGCUGGUUUCCAAUAUGACAACCUGCUCCUGGCCUUUCCAUGUUAUCUCCAGUUUGUGGAUUUGAAGGGAAUUAAUAAGUAGACGCUCCUCCUAGUUUGUUGCUUUCAGUUUUUAUUUGGAAAGAGAGUCACCCAAAUAAGAGAGAAGAAAGUGAGUAGAUUAAAGCCAAUGAAUGAACAAGGUGAAUGAAAGGAAUGUAAUGUGUGUGUGUGUGUGUGUUUUCGAUGGGCCAGACAGGGGCAGGGGGAGGCCUUCAGCAGAUAGCUGAUGGAUGGAGGGACCAGGUCAACGCCACCAGAGGACCUGGAUCCCGGAAUCCCUCUCGCCUGGGCCAGGACAACACGUACAGAAUGAGGGAGGAGGACAGGGGGAGCCAAUGGUCAGGCAAAGAGGAGCAGCCUCUGGGAAGAGUGCCCUCCAGAGGUGGGGGCAUGAUACUGGAUAUCUACACUACAGUAUACCAUACCUAUAGAGUUAGAUAGAUGACCCAUCUUCGUGCGCAGUUGACUACUUUGGUGGAAGCCAUCAAUAGCAAUGUCCAUGCUAAAACAGGUUAUAUCCAUCUGGAGUCCUAUGUCUAGCUCUAUGACCAUACCAUAAAUAAAUACUAGACCAUGCACAUACCAUACCCAUGGUGUUCAGAUGUCUUUCCUCUCUUAUGACCUGCCCUCCUGGCCGUCUGAUGUUCACACAUCCUCUCCUUCUCUUUCAUCCCUCCCCUCUCACCCUUCACCCCCCCAUCCCCCGUCCCCCUCCAUCUCCCCUCCAGCCCCCUCACCCCAGAACAUCCGUUCCCGGUCCAGUUCAUUUGGGGAGUCCCUAGGUCUGGGUGGAGGUGGAGGAGGGAGACUUAUGAGAGCUCUGGUGUCCCACCCCGCUAACUCCAACAGCCCCACCCUGCUGCCCUUCUCCCGGGGGGAGGUGGUGAGCGUGCUGGUGCAGGAGCCCCGUAACGGCUGGUUCUACGGCCGGGCUGAGAACAGCUCACGGUGAGAGAGAGAGAGAGAGAGAGAAGAGAGAGCGAGAGAGAGAAGAGGAGAGAGAGAGAGAGAGAGAGAGAGGAGAGUAGAGAUGAGAUGGAGGGCGCGACUUACGAUUUUUUUGAUCAUCUUUCCCCCCGGGGGAAAAAGGGUUAAGUUCUUUUUUUAAAAAAAGGGGGAGGAAGAGGGGGUAAGAAAAGGUUUCCCUCACAGAAACCUUGUAAAAAAAGAAAACUUCAAAACCCUUCGAGAUUCCCUCCCCUAAUAUUAAUUGGUCUUUGGGGAAAAAUGUACAGAAAUUUAAAAAAAAAACCAUUUUAAUAUUAUAUUUUUUCCCUUCCUUGCUUUGACAUGUGUGAAUCAAAGCUGCCAUAGCUCUCUAUCCUUAAAUAAAAUUGUUCCUUUUUUCUCUCCCCCGUUCCCCCCCCAACCCCGGGCGGGUUUUCCCCGCUGCCUUUUUUGGGGUCACUGGAGGAGGCCCCUAGAUAAACCGGGUUUCCAGGAAAUCCACUCCCUCCACUGUUUUUAAAAAGGGGACACUUCUCCCCAAAACCGGGGAAAAUUAAAUUAGCAUUUAAAACAUUGCUAGUGAGCUAUGUCUAUCGUGUUUUAUAUUCUAAAAAUAGCUAAUGAGUUGCUAAUGCUAAUGCUGUUUUGACUUUUGGUGACCUUUGACCCUUCACUAGCUCCACUCUUAGGAGUUUCCACAGUAUGGACAACCUGCUGGACCAAUCAGGAGGCAGCAACCACGGCAGACACCCGCCCCCGCCCCCGCCCCCACCCAAUAGACAGACAGAGAUGCGUCCAAUCACACCCAGCAUGGAGAGAAGGGCGGAGUCUCACUCUGACAACAAGGUAGCGCUGCCUGGGUGAAUGAUCACUGAGGAUCGAUGUUGGCCAUGAAGGUCUUAAAGUCUAGUGUUUACAGUGUUUACUCUAUGAUGAGCCUGCUGUACUACACUAACUUGGUGUUUCUAAAAAAUCAAUGUUGGUUUGUUAUUGUUAACAUGAUACUCUGAGGAAAGUUUCUGAGUGAAAGUCAUUCCUAUUCAGGUUUUUGGUGAGGCAUAUCAAGUAAUGAAAAGCUAGUUAUAGUAAAAGCUCGUUAGAAUGGAGUUAAAGCUGAAAAGGUUUAAUGAAAGCUUCAAAUAGAGAAGUUAGUAUUAAAAAUCUGCUGCAUGUUUGUCCUCCGGCCAGCAGGGGCACUGUGGCAAUGUGCUGUUCUCUAUGACGCCACAGCCCUCCUUCUGGUGGAUGCAGGGGGGAAGCUCCAGCUGCUGACAGUGUAGGGGGGUGAGGAGUGUGUGAGUGUGUGUGUAUUUGUGUGUGUGUUUGCAUGGUGUUGGAUCUUUGCAUGGUGUGGAUUGCACACCCAUAGAUGCUCUGCCCCCCUCACUGGGUUUCAGCUCUAUAUGUAAAAAAUGUUUGCAUGGGUUGGAAUAGACACCUUUAAAGUUGUGUUCAUUCCUUCCCCUCCAGAGAGGAGAGCGCCAUGGUGGACCUAUGCCAAACCUCUUCCCAAAGUAAGGAACAACAAUUGCAGUUCUCAUCAGUCCUAUCUGUGUUUAUUCAUUACUAAAUAGUGAUAUCUAGGGAGAUCGUUCAAGAUGGACGUCUAAAUUAGAUGUUUAUCCAUGUCCCGAGGACAUCGGGAAAUGCCUUCAAAACCGGCCACUAGGGGCAACAGUGAACACUAUUACCAUCAAGUAGGCUUGGGUUUUGCUAGGGCGUUGUGGACGGGUAUGGUGGCUGGGUGUAAUCCCAUGAUUCUGGAUCAGAAGGUUGUGUGUUCGAUCCCAGUUGUCGUCACUGUUUAAAAACACAUAUAUAACUUAUCACAAACCUUAACCCUUAUCUUAACCUCUACGGGAUCGGUGUCCCGUAUACGGGACGGUUGAGCUAACGUACGCUAAUGUGAUUAGCAUGACUGUUGUAAGUAACAGCAAACUUUCCAGGACAUGGACAUGUCUUAUAUGGGCAGAAAGGUUAAAUUCUUGUAAAUCUAACUGCACUGCCCAAUUUACAGUAGCUAUUACAGUGAAAAAAGACCAUGCUAAUGUUUGAGGAGAGUGCACAACAAUAAAAAACUUAUCACGGCAACUGGUUUGAUACAUUCACCUCUGAAGGUAAAUAAUGUGCUUACAUUCAAUAAUCUUGCUCUGAUUUGUCAUCCUAAGGGUCCCAGAGAUAAAAUGUAGCAUAGUUUUGUUUGAUAAAAUCUAUUUUUAUAUUAAAAUGUAGGAACUGGGUUCUACAGUUUGAACCCCUGCUGUCUCUGGCUCCACACACACCCCGCCUGGCCAUCUAGAUGUAUGAAAGUUAGUGUAUAAGCUAAUGAUCCAUCAUGUAUGACAUUCCUGGGAGUGUGUAAACUUACAUUUUGUAUUACCAUAUCAUUUUUGUAUGUUCUCUAUAGUUAUGUACUUGAAAAUGUAUCAAUUGACCAAUUCGGCACAUUUGGGCAGACUUGCAAUAGUCCAGUAUUGCAACGCUUCACUGGAUCAAUCUGAAACUUUGCACACACACAGCUGCCAUCUAUUGGCCAAAAUCUAAAUUGCACCUAAACUGCAAUAUUAUAUUGUGGCCUUUCUCUUGCAUUUCAAAGAUGAUAAAAAAAGCAUGUUUUUUUGUUUGUAUUAUUUUUUACCAGAUCUAAUGUGUUAUAUUCUCCUACAUUAAUUUCACAUUUCCACAAACUUCAAAGUGUUUCCAUUCAAAUGGUAUCAAGAAUAUGCAUAUCCUUGAUUCAGGUCCUGAGCUACAGGUAGUUAAGAGUUGACAUUUUAGGCGAAAAUUGAAAAAAAGGAUCCUUAAGAGGUUUUAAAGCGGCAAUCAGCAGUAGAAAUAAUAACAAAGCAGCCUCCCUGCCUGGUUCGGUAAAAAGUUGAGGGAUGGGGCUGGAGAAAUGUAAUCACUCUCGAAUUCAUAGACAGACUAUGGAUGCAAAGACUGGUCAUCCAUGAUAUAAAAAUUAUAGUUUUAACCAUGUUAACAUUUUCUUUGUUUACAAAUGUUGAAGCAAAAUAAGCUUAUAGUUUAAGUUAUAUUGAGGUACGACAGUUGAACUAAGCUCAUGAGGCAUUUCUAAGUUAUAUUCUUCAAGAAUCAAUGGGUAUAUAUCAUGAAUUUAUAAGUCAAAAAAUGGAUUGAUUGCCCCUUUAACCAUUCGGAAUGAGUGCCUAAAUUUAAUGUUUUAACCCCAUCCCAAACCUUAACCCUUACCUUAACCAUUUUAAUGAGUGCCUAAACUUAUCCCUAAACUUCGAAUUUUGACGUUUGGAGAAAUGGAACGAUUCAGAGCAGCAGGAGUCAACCCAGGGUGUCAAAAACAUUUGGAGCAACUUUGAAAUAAGUGAGACUGUGAGAGCUUGUUGGUGAUAUUGUAAUGUGUGUACACGUUCGAAUGUCUCUCAGCCUAUCACACAAUGUUAUGCAAAUGAGUUGCUGUAUGUGAUGAUGCUGGGGAAUGCUGGGUCAGUUAGUUUUGGAGAGGCGCCGGUGUGCGUUGGGUAAGUGCUGCUUUGCACUGUGUUCAUCCAAAUAAACAACAACUUGAUUAUUUCAUGGGAAAUCAUUGUUCUGGACUGUUAAUGUUAGUCAAUAAACUACGUGUGAGUUUCGGUGGCCUUACAUAUCUCUGUUCUCUCACUCUGUCUUUGUUGUAUAGGGGCACUAACCCUUUCGCCACUGUCAAGCUGAAGCCCACGUCCACCGAUGACAGAUCUGCUCCACGGCUCCGUCGGUGA